AUGGCGACAAGGCUCGGUUUCAUCUUCAGCUUUCUUGCCUUCCAGGCGCUCUCAUUCCCGGCUGAGUCGCCUCAGCCCCCGAGCCCGGAGACUUGGUCCCUCAUGAGCUUCCGGCGUGCCUGCUCGGAAGAUCAGGCGAAGUGCACUUACAGCUUCCUCAUCUCCGAAGACCCGGCAAUAGCCCCCAGGUAUUGCAACUUCACCAUCGAGGCAGCGGGCGGACUCCCUGCGUACCAAACCGACUUCUCGGCCCUCGAAUGCCCUGACGCCCCGGAGUACACGGUCAACGGCGGCUGGGACGAGCAAAAGUUUGUUACCCUGACGGUCAUCAACCAGCAGAGGGGUCUUCUAUCCUUCUUUUCGGCCAGGGAUUCGGAUCUUUGGGCUGGCAACGAAGUCAACCCACAGACCUCCGAUGUCUUCAAUCACCCAAUUCCCACCAAGCGAGAGAUGAUGCAAAUAGCGGAAGACAAGACCAAGAAAGACAAGGCUGAGGACAACAAGGCCUAG